ACUAUAUAUAAGACACCAACGAGCAGUGUUUUUAGAGCGACUCACAUCAUUCUAUUAUAACACAACACAGAAAAAUAACACACACAAAGGGAAAAAAAUACGAGAAAGAAAAUUGACAAAACAAACUAUAACUUUAAAUAUAUAUAUGAUAUUUAUAUAUAAAUAGUAAGAAAGUAAAAAAAAGAGAAAGGAAGAAAAGUACCCCUAUAAACUGUUGCUCCACUUCUCCUCUUCAGUCGUCACCAAUAUCUAGAAGUCGAAGCAGAAGUAGAAGAGAAAGAAGAAACAUAGAGAGAGGAAGAUAGAGAGAGAAAAAGAGGCACAGGCAGUGGUUGGUCCGUGAUCCUGAAAAACUAAUAUCACACCAUAGUGGGUUGACAUUUGCUGUGAGUGUCUUCCUGGCAGCUAGGGCAGAGAAAUGCACAGUCUACAUUGGUAGGACAUUAAAAUAUACACACCAGACUGUUCAUUUACAAAGUCGUGUAAUAGAGAAAAGGGGGAAGAACGACAGAAAGAAAAAGGAAAAAAUUAAAAAUUAAAAAGUAAACAAAGGAAAUAAAAGGGAAAAAGGGAAAGAAAAUUCACAUCGACAAUGCUCUUCUCUGUAGUUGUGACGUACCAAUUAAGAUAAUCUUUUGCACUUCAUGCAUGGAGGACAGUGAAUAUAUAUCCAAAUCCAGAAUGAGUUUAACAAUUCUCACAGUACUGCUUGCAUUAGAAGCUUGCAUGAUGUCAACGGCGGAAGCGAUUAGACCAAAUUCCAAUGACAUCAGUCCUGUAGAUGCUUGUCUUUAUUACUGCAGUGAAUGUUACAAGGACGAUGGUAAGAAAAUGAUGCAAUGUGCCAACGGUGUUUGUCCACAUGCAUCCACGUCCGCGCACGAUUUCCUGCAACUCCUCAACAACAAUGACUGCAGUGUUGAUGUCGUGUCUAACCGUCUGUACCGUCAAAACUACUUUCAAUAAGAUGAAGUAAUAGCACCCUCUAAAUUUCAAUUUUAAUAUUGUGCUU